AUGAGAGAAGAUAGAGCUGAUUUGGACCAAGGAUUGGGAUGGAUCACGUUCUUGGCUAAGGGAGAGAAGAGAAUGGUGACCUUUAGGCAGCUGGAGAUCUUGUUUGGGUUCAACUAUGGAGAGGGAACCAAGUGGAACUUCAAGGAAAAGGAACUCCAAAGGGUUUGGGCUACAAUCGCUGAUGGAGUGUACUCUUCCUCAAGGUCCAAGGCAGCUCAGAUCAGGAGCCCAGUCUUGAGAUAUGUGCACAAGGCACUUGCCAACACCUUCUUUGCAAGGAAGGCACCGGGACAAUCAACGAGGGGGAACUCAAGUUUCUUGACAUGGGAAUCAAGCCCCUUCUCUCACGCACAAGCGAUGGCAAGAGGAUCAAGGGGAGAUAGGUCUGACACAGGGAACUUGAUGCCUUUCCUUGACCACUCCUCACCUACAAGAUCACAGCUUACAACACUAGGCACCAAAGAGGAAGAAAGCUUAGUGUUGGAGGGCUCAUCACACCUAUCUUGUGUGCUGCUGGAGUAA